CAUCGUUCAUCCUUCUACGACUACCACAACAUCAAGGAAAAGCUAUUCAUCCUUGACGAAUCAAGGUCACCAUUCUCGCUUCAGCUCCUCUAUAAUUUCUGCAACUUUUUUCUUCAAGAACGAUUGAAGUGAAUGCUUUCGCCGUUAAAAAAGCAUAUUAUGCCGGAGGCGCGGAGCAGUGCAUCGUCGGCAAUUGGGUCGGACAGCGAAUCCGCAUGCAGUUCACACUAUUCUUCCUCUGCUGCGUCGUCACUGCAUUCGGUGACGGUCUCCACUAAGGCACCAGGAUUGAGCGACGAAUUAGUCGACUUUCUCAAAAGCAGGCCUAAUCUAGGCGAAGCAGUAAGUAAGCCCAAGAUGACGAGACAACAACAGAUGCAUCAAGGGAGUCACGAAAAACAAUUGGUAAAAAAGAUAUUUUUCGUAUGAAGCGCAUCCGCACCAAAUCCAAAGCCUACUAUCAUCAAUUUCCAGUGGUAAUAGAUCGAUAAGUGAACAGGCCAGCGCCUAAACCACUAAGCCUACUGCGCAGGUGGCUUAGUGGUUUGGGCCUUGACCUGUACACUUAUCAUAGGUGAAUCUCUCGUGGUCGUGGUCACCUGAUAACCAGCGUGAUGUGAAUGAUGAUUGCAAGAAUUGCAACUUUCUGUCACUCCCGCUUCCUACCUAUCCCUCCCUCCACUAACACGUAUCAUCACACAGAUGUUGGAGAAAAAGCGGCCUGGAGCGGCGAUCCGCGCUGUUCAAAACCCCAUAGGAAACUCACGGCGAGACCCACAGAGCUUUAACUCAGGUAUUUAGCCGGACUUGAUGUUAGCUUACACGAUACCCUGCUGAUGUGAUUUUCCACUGAAAACUACAGUUCGUGUAUCAUUCUUAAAAAAUGUUAAUAAUGAACAGCCUGAUGUGAUGCUGAUCUUUGACAAGCAUUCCUGUAGGUGUACUUAUUUUGAUAAGCAUACGUGAUAACAACACUAUUGCCAGAUGAAACGACGCGGACAGCAGCAUUUGAGGAAGCGUUCAAGGCAAUGGAAAAGGUGAGAAAGGAACACCAGACAGAGUGUAAGAUGGACGACCAUACACAAAAUGCGAAGCUGAUGCAAGGUAAAGCUCGAGAACCAUGCGAUCCACGAAUCAUGGCGGCCGGCCAUGUUCCUCCCAUGUGGUGGGGAGAUGGUCGCACAUGAGGAGAAAUUGCAAGAGAAUAAACCAACGAGAUUCUACUUGUUGUACUUCAAUCGGUUCAAGUUCAACAACCGACCUACAACUUGCUUUCAACAGAAUAGAUAUUUGUUUCAUAAUCGGUAUUCAGGUAGCAGCAUGAAGCAAGUGAAUAAGUGUUGUAUUGAGAUGAUUACUUUGAAACCAUAUCCAUACAGCAGAGUCCUUGAUAGCUUAGAAACGACGCGAUGACACUUUCCCGCCCAAUCGUCGGUGGUCUUCUCCCCUCCUAAUUUUGACUCCUUUGGCCUUUGCUCUCAACAAGAAGAAUUCCAGUGUAGUUUCUCUAGAGAUGAUGAAAAUAGAAGCAUUGUUGUAACCUUCAGUGAACUUUCUCGAAUAAUUUUUUCUCGCUCACAGAACAGAUCAACACGCAAAACUUGUUUGAAAUCGACAGUCUUCAAUGAAUGAUUCUCAAUUUUAUCGAAUUUGUGUGAUCCAC